AUGAGGGACUUCAGCCUGGACAGUUUGCCGGAUMAGACCGCCCGCCAUAUCCUUAUCACUGGCGGCACGACUGGUCUCGGCCGUCAAAUGGUGCUAGCUUUCGCCGCUUGCAACCCUGCUUUGAUAGCUUUCACCGGUCGGAACCAAGCUCGCGCCGACGAUGUUAUUGUAACGCUGCGGCAGAAGCACCCUCAGGUUCGCGCUGAGUUCCUACACAUGGAUCUCGCCUCACUUGACGCCACCAAAUAUGCCGUUUCUUCCUUCUGGACGAAGCUGAAUGGCCGCUUGGAUAUCCUCGUCUGCAAUGCAGGUAUUAUGGCGACACCAUUAGGACUGAGUGUCGAUGGGUAUGAAAUACAAUUUGCUACAAACCAUCUCGGACAUGCCUUGCUAGUCAAGCUCCUGCUGCCAAUCCUUGUUGCCACCCAAGCCCGCUUUGGAGAUUCCCGCGUUGUUACGCUCACUUCGGAGGGCAUGAUGCUUGCGCCCAGUGGAGGCAUCGUAUUUGAAGAUCUCAAGACGAUGCAAGAUUUGGGUUUUGGGGGUCGUUGGAAGCGAUAUGGUCAGAGCAAGCUCGCAAACGUCCUGUACGCCGCUCAAUUGGCCAAGCACUACCCGAACUUGACUUCCAUCGCUAUUCAUCCCGGCGUUGUCGGUACGGAACUAGUAGGCGGUCUUGGAUUCGCCGAUCGUCUUCUCGUCUACGCGACGUCGAAAGUGAUCAAACCAGAAGAUGGUUGCAAGAAUUCGCUGUGGGGAGCAACAGCGUCGCGGGACUCGAUCGAUAAUGGCGCCUAUUACGCACCCAUUGCGGAGCCUGGCAAGCGCACAAACUUCAGUCAUGACGAGAAGCUGGCAGCAAAGCUUUGGGAGUGGACAGAGCAGGCGUUGCAGCCAUAUACCUUGGAUACUUAG